AUGAAAGUAAGCAAGCAACUUCUCGUUGGGCUCUGGGCAGGCGGCAAAGCGGCUGCUUUCUUCAUCAUGCCCUGUUCAAAACCAGUGGUUGUUGAGCGCGCCGAUCCCAUUGUCAACCCGGGAGCUCUCUCAGGGCAUGUUCAUACCAUCAUGGGUGGUAAUGGCUUCGACUUCAGUAUGACUUAUGAGCAGGCUCGUGCUGCCACUUGCUCAACGUGCAAGGUGACUGCCGAUUUAAGCAACUACUGGACUCCAACCCUCUACUAUCAAGGCCAAGACGGCAAAUUCACUAGUGUUUCCCAGUCCGGAGGCAUGCUUGCCUACUAUUUGUUCCGCCAGGACGCCAAGGAUCCGGAAUACAGCAAAGGGCUCAUCGCUUAUCCCAAGGGCUUUCGAAUGCUAGCGGGCGACCCAAAGCUUCGAAGCUACAACAAUACCCUCGAGCAGCGGGCCAUCUCCUACGUGUGCUUGGGCAACAGCGGCCCUGCAACGAGCGAGCUUCCCAAUCGUAGCUGUCCGAAUGGCCUCCGUCUUCAAAUAAUAUUCCCUGCAUGCUGGGACGGUGUCAACCUCGAUUCACCUGACCACAAAAGCCACAUGGCGUACCCGGAUCGCCUUGAUAACGGAAAAUGUCCUACAACUCACCCCAAGAGAUUCGUUACUCUAUUCUACGAAGUGAUAUUUAGCGUCAAUGAUUUCAAGGACAAAUGGUACGGAGAUAAGCAACCACUACCUAGUGAUCCGACUGGAUAUGGCUUGCACGGCGAUUUCAUCAAUGGAUGGGACGUCAAUGUACUCCAAUCGGCUAUCACACAAUGCACCGACAACGGUGGUAGCAUCGAGAAAUGCCCUGUUUUCCAGUUUUUUGACGACGAGACCCGAAGGAACUGCCAAGUCCCCGUCAAGGUUGACGAGCAAGUUCAGGGCCAGUUUGAUAAGUUGCCUGGUUGCAACAGCGUUCAACGAGGCCCAGGUAACGCUGUGGCAGAAUCAGGCUGCGGUGCAGCGACCCAGAUCUCGGCACCCAAGUGGGGUUACAAGGACGUGACAAGUACUCUCAAGUACAAAUAUCUGGGCUGUGGCCGUGAUCCGGCUGGACAGACUAGGACGCUCCAGGGCGCCAAGACGUCCGGUGAUAGCAUGACGGUUGAUACAUGUAUCAAGUACUGUGACGGAAAGGGCUUUCAGUAUGCCGGCCUUGAAUAUGCGAAAGAAUGCUGGUGCGGGAACUCGGUAGCUGAUGAUCGGAAGCCCAAAAAGGGGCUCUGGGGAGCUUGCGAUAUGCCCUGUGGGGGUAGCAAGACGGAGAUGUGCGGCGGCUGGGCUGCGAUGUCUCUCUAUCAGAAGUGCAACGGGACUUGCACGAACGCGGAGUUGAUGUGA